AUGGCAACUCGAAGGCUUCGAAUGGCGGUCAUCGGAGGAAUCAUUUCGUCCGUUCUUUUCCGGUGUCCCCUCUCUGGGUCUGGCCAGCCGUUCCCGUUCCCGCCCUCCAGCCCACAGCCGCAGGUCUGGCAUGACCCAGGUCAUGCAACUUUGACCCUGAUCGCCCAAAACCAAAAUCCAUAUACAACCGCAGCUGCGUACAUGGUUCGACCGAUUAUCUCAUCUGCGGUAAUUGGGGCUGGCAAUGUCGUCCGCGGCGCAGUUAGCCGGGUCAGUAACGCGCUGGGUGCAGCCUCAGCCGCUUCAGCGAUGGCAGCGCCGUAUGGGUACUAUCUUGAACAGUCAGGGUCCCUUCCUGCCUAUCCCACGAUAUCUGCGGGGUAUCACGGCAUCCCCGACGGUACAGAACGGCUUCCUCAACAGGGAGGCGGCGGCGGUGAACCCUAUCUGAAUGGCAUGAGCUAUCCGUACGGAGCGUAUUCCACACCGCAGUACGUACAGGGUGGAUACCCUGCUAAUACUUACCCGGUUUACGCAGCUCCGUCUCUGCUCAGUGAAGUUGCGAACCAUGCCAAGGGCGGCGUAGCAAGCGUUGCUGGCUUGGCGACGAACGCAGUGCGGUCGGUAACAGGGAUGGCUUCUCAGGCAACUCAGCUGGCGGCACAAGGGAUUACGACAGGGCUACAGACGCGACCUCAAAUUCCGUGGAAUGAAGCUCUCUCCAUCGCUGAGAAAUUCGUGGUUCCUAGCAUAGAAGCAAUUGCCAGGGCGGCUCCCACAAUCGCAGCGAUGCCGCCUGGCCAGGGACCAGAGGAACAAGGACUUACGCGACUCAGACGCGGGGGGGGAGAGAAAGGCCAAGACAAUCCUCCACCGGAUCAGAAUGCCCCUCCUGCCGGGUCCGCAUCUGAGAAGCGACCUCGUCUCUAUGUUUCUCAGGUAGGGAAUGCUUCAGUCGUCAACUAG